AUGCCGUUUUUCGACCAGACGCUGGAUGCGCCAAGGAAGGGCAAGAUUAUCAAAUCAGCCUACGAUAGUGAAAGCUUCGAGUCUGAUGGUACAAUUCAUGUGGACGGCCUAGUCGGCUCGGCGACAAUCUCCCCUUCAGGUCGCGACAUAGCGCUUGCAUCGCCGGAUGGUCUGGCCAUUAUCGACCUCGACUCGCCGUACAACCCCCCUCGGCGAUUGCGCAGCCAUGGUCAACCUUGGCUGGUUACAGACGUCCAGUGGUCGCCCUUUGCUGCACGAGACUACUGGGUUGUGUCCACAGCAAACCAUCGCGCUCUGGUAUGGAAUCUGAAUCUUAGAGAGGAUUCGGCGUCUGGCGCGAUAGAGCAUUCGUUGCAAGGACACAGCCGUGCCAUUACCGACAUCAAUUUUUCUGCGCACCACCCCGAUAUCCUAGCAACAUGCUCUGUUGAUGGCUACGUGCACUCUUGGGACCUUCGUCGCCCGCGGCAGCCAGUGCUUACUUUUUGCGACUGGUUUGCCGGGGCAUCGCAAGUUAAGUACAGUCGACAAGACCCCCACGCUCUGGCAUCUUCGCACGAUCGUUGGCUUCACGUUUGGGAUGAGAGACGGGCGCGCGAGCCAGUCAAGUCGAUUGCGGCCCAUACGUCCAAGAUUUACGGACUCGACUGGAAUCGCCUGAAUCCCACCUCUAUUGUCACAUGCUCGUUGGACAAGACCAUCAAGUUCUGGGACUACUCGAAAGAUGUCCAUGAACCUGAAAAGGUGAUCCACACUCAGUAUCCUGUUUGGCGAGCGCGACAUACACCAUUCGGAGAGGGCCUUCUGGCCAUGCCCCAAAAUGAGCCCGGGGACCUGUAUCUGUACGAUAGGCAGCGCCUGGAUGAAGGGCCGAAACAUACAACCGCAGAACCUGUAACGGUCUUUCCAGGCCAUGGCCAACACAAGGUGAAAGAGUUUCUCUGGAGGAGUAGAGGCGGCAUCGACGCCAACUCUAUCGACACGAGGGAGUUCCAGCUUGUUUCAUGGGGCACUGAUAAUGAGCUGCGGCUCCAAUGCGUUGACGCAAGCAUACUGGCGGCUGUAGGAUAUACCAAGGGUGCGCCAGCAGCCAAGGGUAUCAAUCUGACCCGGAAAGGCGCAACAUACAAGACCUUUCGCACCAUCGAUGAAGUCUCGAGCCGAGAUCGCAAACACGGGACAAUGAGCGAUCCGCGUGCCGCCGUUUCCAACCAAGCGAAGCAGAGUGCGCUUACUAUGGGCAUGCGUUCGGGUACACAGGGGCGACACGCAAAGACUGGUUGGCGAGGACCCUCCAUGCGAGCCAAGGUCGCGUCGAAGAAGGAUCGCAAUCAAUCACAGAUUGGGUGGCUCAAGGGCAUUACCAUUACGAAACGGACCGCCUCUGGGCCUGGCAUCCUGCCAAAGAGACAGAUGUCCAAGGACUCGAGCGUUUUCGGCCAUGGCUAUCCUGAUGACGAAUGGGCAGGUCCAGAUACGAUACAAGACGAGGUGUUGCGCAUCAGCAUGUCGAUGCCCAAAGUCAGGUGGGAGAAUAUCGACUUUGAUGAGAUGACACUCAACGCGUCCCUAAACGGGCCUUGGGGAUCUGGCGGUGACACAAUCUUCAUCAAAGUACGGAUCUAUAUCCCCGAGGACUAUCCAAGUGCGAGCGCGCCAAAAUUCUACAUCGAGAAGACGUCAUUCUUGCCGGAGGAGACACAUCAGCGCAUGACCCGAGAGAUCCAUCUGCUCGCCGAGCAGUUCCUGCAAAGAAAGAAGAACUGUUUGGAAGUCGCCUUUAUCUACCUGCUUGGCGAGGUGGACCUGGAAACGAGCACAACACUCUUCAAGAAUGUGGAUGAUCUUGACGAUGGCAUUGGCGCACUCGUCGAUGAGAGCUCGAGCAGUGAGGAAGAUGAAGACAUUCCGGCUGGAGGUUCGGCGGCCAUGUCGCAAGAGCUGCCGCCUCAUGCCGAUGCGGACACGACCCUUGCGCCUCCGAACAGGUCGAUCAUCCCACCGCCAGCGAGGACAUGUGGCGCUCGAUUUUCCCACGAUGGACGUCUGGUUUGCUUCUUCCCUAGUAAGGAGGAAAGGGCCAGGGCGUUAUUCUCCAGCAACGCAGAGCUGCAAAAGGACAAGGCGAAGCCUGAGCCGUAUUUUGCCGGCUUUGGGAGAAUUCCAUACGAGCAGUCCUCCAAGUCAAAGUUCGCAACAGAUGAGCCCUCGGCGACAGAAGAUCAAUCUGAUUCGGACGAGUCUGAUACAUCGACUUCAUCGAGUGAUUCCGAGUCGACUUCUAUUCACAAGAUGAGCCUCUGGUAUCACCCACGGCGACAAUUUAGGAAGACGUGGAGUGAAGACAGAUCGAUCAGGUCAAGCGGCGGCGACACUGGAACUGGAAUUGGUACGGGUACAGGCACAGCGUACAGUCGACGUCGCAUCCCUGGACGGCCGCGCAACCUUGUUACGAUCCACGAUACCCAGCCUCUCCUGCCAUCCAAAAGGGAUCUAGCCAAAGAGUAUGCCAUCUUUGGCGACGGCGCUGAAGUGUGCGAGCACAACGCCGCUGUCGCUGACAAGCAUGGAUACAAGGAUAUGGCUGACGUCUGGCGGUACUUGACGCUUCUCCUGAAAAAGGGCAUACCACUGGAGGUUCUUUCGCCAGACAGCAGGCGGAACUCCAUUCUUGUCAUUGCGCAUCAAAUUGUCUCCAAGACGCGGUCGUACGAGUCGCCAGACUCUGGGUAUGACUCGGCCGAGUCUGAUUCUGGGCUUUGUGGUCGAGUCAAAUGGGGCGAGCAUCCUCUGGCGCGCGAUUUCAUCGCCGAGCUGUUUGACUAUUUCGAAAAAAUUGCCGACAUCCAGAUGCUAGCGAUGUUGUCGUGUAUCUUCAGCGAGACAUCGGCUGCAGACAGUGUUGCCUAUGCUGAGUCCCAUCUCCCACAAACCGAGACGCCAUUGCCUCUCAAGGCGCCCUCCUUCUCCCUGGAGUACUUCCCUACAGAUGCCUCCGUGUGGAAUCUCUUUGGCAAGACACGCAGUACAGCUCCCACAACGACCCCAAGAACGCCCCGUACGCCUUUGACGCCUUAUUAUGAUGGUUCACAAGCGUCCGAAGACGUGGCCUGGAACGAGGAUCCAGCGUCCAACUCGUACUCUUGCGGCGAAACACCCCCUGCCCGUGGUAAGGCGCCUGUGGCAGGUCUUGAUAUUGCCCAAGGAGGUACACGGUCACCGCACGCGCGAUCAACGCACAAGGCGAACGCCAGUCUCGCAUCAUCCUUUACAGGCCUGUCCCGAUCAUUCACGGGUGGGAGCUCCGCGUCACCACCGUAUUACAAGAAGAAGCCCAGCCCCGUCGAGACGAUCAUCAACAGCUUAGCCCCUGGCAUGAACAGCGCUGUCUGGGGCAAUGCCUCCAAGACGGUCACCGGUGACUCGAGCGUGGGGCGUAUCUCGGUAGAUGGCGACGAACCCUUACCCGAGGACACCCUACCCCUCGUGCCAGUCAGCGUGUCAUUGUUCGUUGAGGAUCAAACCAUGUUUGACGACGACGGUUGGCUCAGCGCGCACAUGUUGGAUCCUGCACGCGCAGAGCUCCAUGCACGCUCCCGCUAUGCGUACGCCGAGAUGCUUCAAAUGUGGGACGAGCCGCUCUCCCGCCUCGAGAUUAUGAAGUUCAACAUUAUGCGAUCCGAUGGCCCCCGAACUGUGCACCACAGGGACGGCAGCACAUCCGAGUCCUUUACCAUUCAUGAGGGCAGCGUUGCGCAUGUCAAGACCGGUUCAUCACCCAUCGUCAUGGGCAAGAAGGAUCAGUUGCAUGCGCUCAUCGCGUCCGGCAGGGGGAUCGACGUGACGGGAAUUUGUCGCAUCCACGAAACACAGCUGGAUUCUGCACGCUAUACCUCCUCAGACUCGCAUACGGGCGGCGCCGUGGGUACAUGUGAUCGUUGCCAUCGUACACAGAGCCAGCUACGCUGCGUGUACUGCCUGGAGCCCGUCGAUGCACUGUUCCCACCGUGUCUAAGCUGUGGCUGCGCGAGUCAUGAGGCUUGUCUCGCCGAGUGGCAUGCCGCCGGCGAGGAACUCUGCCCUGCCGGGGACGAGUGCAACUGUGUGGAGGAGGCUGCGAAUGGCCAGGUGGAAUCGUGGGCGGCACUGCAAGGGGCUAUGACAAAAGGUCCCAAUAAGAUUCUGAGACUGCCCAGUCCCGCGGUUGCAGAGCCGGACGAGGAAUGGGGCAGAAAGACGUCGGCGCGGUCUGAAGAGGUCGCCAGUCAUACGAACGAGACGGGGUUGAUGCCGAACGCAUCGACGCUGACCUUUGGGCGUUUGAGGAAGUCGGCCGGCUCUUGGUCGAGAGCCAGCAGCGCACGUCGCAACAUCAAGAAGACGCUAUAA